ACUUUUUUUUCCCAUUAAGCUUUAUUGUUGAUAGUGAAAAAAUGUCUAUCAAGCUAAAUGUAGGCUCAGCAAUGUUCUCCUGUUCAGAAACAUUCUCCUCUUUAACUGAAACUGUCACUGUGUAUUACAGCAAGUAAGUCAGAACUUGGUUCCAGAUUUGGAGGAAGGGAUCUACAGUACAUGGAUAGCAGUUUGCCCUCAUUCUCAGUGUCAUGAGUCAUGACAAACUGCCAACUAAAAACAAAAUCAACAAGUCCUGCGUAUGUGCAAACAAAAAAUAAACAUUUGGUGUGCUAGAUGCCACAAAAACUUUGAAAAGGUUGAUGUGACCUAAAAUGUCAAUGAACACUUUAAUGUCAAACAGCCCCCCUGUGAACUAAUAGGAUAAGACCAGUGUGUAAUCUCCCACACAACUGAUCUUAUGAAGUUGCAAAAAGGCCUAUUAAAUCAUCAAUAAUACAUAAUACCCCCUCAAGCUUUAAGUGGCUAUUGAAAAAAAGGGACGUUUUGAUUGGUGGUUAUUUUGCCUCAGAGGUUGGGUAUUCAAACCAAGUCACGUAUAAAUGUGGCAGCACUGAUAAGUCGUCUUUGGAACUAUCCAGGUAAAAUUGCUGUUGGAUCAUGGCAAAGCACUGGACUGUCACCUAUUUCGUGGCACUAGCAUUGCUAGGAUGCUCAGUUAGAACCCAAGCUCAAGAAGAAGCUCAGGACCCACACUGGCAAGACCCUUCACCACGGACUGUAAAGGGUGCUCCACCUCCUCCACAACAAAAGUAUCCUCAAUACCCUCAAAGGCCACAGGUUCAACCUAUUCCACCGAAAGAGGAUCCUCAAUACCCUGAGAGGCCACAGGUCCAACCUCCACAACCAGAAUAUCCUAAAUACCCUGAGAGGCCACAAGUCCAACCUCUUCCACAACAAAAGUAUCCUCAAUACCCUCAAAGGCCACAGGUCCAACCUAUUCCACCGAAAGAGGAUCCUCAAUACCCUGAGAGGCCACAGGUCCAACCUCCACAGCAAGAAUAUCCUCAAUACCCUGAGAGGCCACAGGUCCAACCUCCUUCACAACAAAAGUAUCCUCAGUACCCUCAAAGGCCACAGGUCCAACCUAUUCCACCAAAAGAGGAUCCUCAAUACCCUGAGAGGCCACAGGUCCAACCUCCACAGCAAGAAUAUCCUCAAUACCCUGAGAGGCCACAGGUCCAACCUCCUUCACAACAAAAGUAUCCUCAGUACCCUCAAAGGCCACAGGUCCAACCUAUUCCACCAAAAGAGGAUCCUCAAUACCCUGAGAGGCCACAGGUCCAACCUCCUCCACAACAGAAGUAUCCUCAAAACCCUCAACAACUGCAAGACCAUUAUCCUCCACCUAAAAGAACUCCUCAAUACCCUCAAAUCCCACAGGUCCAACCUCCUCCACCUAAAAUAACUCCUCAAUACCCUCAAAUCCCACAGGUCCAACCUCCUCCGCAACAAAAGUAUCCUCAAAACCCUCAAAUCCCACAGGUCCAACCUUCUCCACCUAAAAGAACUCCUCAAUACCCUCAAAUCCCACAGGUCCAACCUCCUACACCUAAAAGAACUCCUCAAUACCCUCAAAUCCCACAGGUCCAACCUCCUCCACCUAAAAGAACUCCUCAAUACCCUCAAACGCCACAGGUCCAACCUCCUCCGCAACAAAAGUAUCCGCAAAACCCUCAAACGCCACAGGUCCAACCUCCUCCACAACAAAGGUAUCCUCAAUACCCUCAAACGCCACAGGUCCAACCUCCUCCACAACAAAGGUAUCCUCAAUACCCUCAAACGCCACAGGUCCAACCUCCUCCGCAACAAAAGUAUCCGCAAAACCCUCAAACGCCACAGGUCCCACCGCCUCCGCAACAAAAGUAUCCCCAAAACCCUCAAACGCCACAGGUCCCACCGCCUCCGCAACAAAAGUAUCCGCAAAACCCUCAAACGCCACAGGUCCAACCUCCUCCGCAACAAAAGUAUCCCCAAUACCCUCAAACGCCACAGGUCCCACCGCCUCCGCAACAAAAGUAUCCCCAAAACCCUCAAACGCCACAGGUCCAACCUCCUCCACAACAAAGGUAUCCUCAAUACCCUCAAACGCCACAGGUCCAACCUCCUCCGCAACAAAAGUAUCCGCAAAACCCUCAAACGCCACAGGUCCCACCUCCUCCGCAACAAAAGUAUCCCCAAAACCCUCAAACGCCACAGGUCCCACCGCCUCCGCAACAAAAGUAUCCCCAAAACCCUCAAACGCCACAGGUCCAACCUCCUCCACAACAAAGGUAUCCUCAAUACCCUCAAACGCCACAGGUCCAACCUCCUCCACCUAAAAUAACUCCUCAAUACCCUCAAACGCCUCAGGUCCCACCUCCUCCACCUAAAAGAACUCCUCAAUACCCUCAAACGCCACAGGUCCAACCUCCUCCACAACAAAGGUAUCCGCAAAACCCUCAAACGCCACAGGUUCCACCUCCUCCACAACAAAGAUAUCCUCAAAACACUCGAAUCCCAGAGGUUGCUCCAUAUAUGAGACAACAAAAGCCUCCUAAUUACCAGCAGAUGCCUCAGAUCCAACCUGAUAAGCAAGGAAAGCUUCCUCAAUAUCCUCAAGGAACAAAGUAUCCUGCAUCUCCACGGUCAUUGUCAGAUGUUCAGUCAGCCCAAGCACCACAAGCCCCCCAACCGUUUCAUCCUGCAUCACCACGGGAACCUUCCAAUUACCAGUCAACUGUACCAAAGCAUCCUUCUGUCCAAAGUUGUCAGGUGACAGAGAGCCAGAGAAUCCCAUGUGGGGGUUUUAAUGUCAAUGCUGCUGAUUGUGAAGCAAUAAGCUGCUGCUUUGACGGCCAACAGUGCUACUUUGGAAAAGCAGUGACUGUUCAGUGUACCAAGGAUGCCCAGUUCAUUGUGGUGGUGGCCAAAGAUGCCACUUUGCCCAACAUUGACCUCGAGUCAAUCUCACUGUUGGGACAAGGACAAGGCUGUACACACGUUGAUUCUAAUUCAGACUUUGCCAUCUACAACUUUCCGGUUACUGCCUGUGGCUCUGUUGUUAUGGAGGAGCCUGGUGUAAUAAUCUAUGAGAACAGGAUGUCAUCCUUAUAUGAAAUUGGAGUUGGGGAUCGUGGAGCCAUUACCAGGGACAGCUACUAUGAAUUGCUCUUUCAGUGCAGGUACAUCGGUACUUCUGUUGAGACUUUGGUUACAGAAGUAUUAGAUAUUGUAAAUCCUCCCCUAUCAGUCGCUGCUCUGGGACCCAUCAGCGUACACCUGAGGUUGGCAAAUGGAGAAUGCUAUUCAAAGGGCUGUAAUGAAGUGGAUGUGGCCUAUACCUCAUUUUACACGGAUGCAGACUAUCCUGUGACCAAAGUACUGAGGGACCCUGUGUAUGUGGAUGUUCAAAUCAUGGAAAAAACAGAUCCCAACCUCGUCCUGACUCUUGGUCACUGUUGGACAACUACAAGCCCCAACCCUCACAGUCUGCCCCAGUGGGACAUUCUGAUAGAAGGGUGUCCAUACAGGGAUGAUCGUUACUUGUCUGCACUGGUUCCAAUCGGGCCCUCAUCUGGUCUAGAGUUCCCAAAUCACAGCAGGCGUUUCCUUUUCAAAAUGUUUACCUUUGUCAACCCUAACUCAUUUGAACCCAUGAGGGAACAGGUGUUUAUUCACUGCAGUACAGCAGUGUGCACUGUUGGAGCGGGUCGCUCCUGCGAACCAUCAUGCUUCAGAAAAAGGAGAGACGUUGGUGCAGUGGGCGAGAGCAAGGCUGAGUCAAAGGUUGUGGUUUCUGUUGGACCGGUGUUCAUGGACGCCCCUGAGCAGUAAACAGCAGAGCAUCAAUCAUGAGAAUUUGCCUGAAAACAUUUAUUAAAAGAUUAACAAUUGUUAAGUUAUGACUGGUCUGAAUUGAAAAGUCAAUGGACGUAUUUGUAUUGUUAGCAAAAAUGAAUGUAGUCCAGUUGGUAUUCCAUAAAACUGGUAGUUAAUUAGUUACACUUUAAUGACGUAAUGCAGCACAUUCAACCCUUAAUAGAUAUGUUUUAAACUUAAUAGGUUAUUUUACAAUAUAUGUAAGCAAGGAGUUGGUUUAACUGGGUAUGUAUAAAUAUGUAGCAGUAAAGUCAUUUUUGGAUAACAUAAUAAUAAAAUGUUUCAGUUGUUUUGUCAGCCUUUGUCUACAUAAUUGAGGCGAACAGAAUAUUUAAACAUUUCUCAAUGAAGUUCGAUUUAAAAUACACUAUUAAAAAAACAGUUAAAUAAAAUCCUGUCUGACGAAGGUUGACACAUUUUGUAAUUUAAAAUGUUUUUUUAAUGUUCAUUUUAUGUUACACAUAUAGUAUGUAUAGAAUUGGAUUGGACUGCAAAGAAGUAUCUUUUUUUAGGUAAAAAUUCAAGUUAUUCCAAGUUGCAAUAAAAUGUGUUUGAAAGCAUGUUUGUUCGUGUUAGAAUCGAUUAUACACUAACAGGAGAUACACAUGGUUUGAAACUGUAGUGCAAGACUUUGUCUGGAAUGAGAGACAUUUAAAAAAAACAUAGACUGUCUGGUGUAAAAGUGAAAAUUGUUCAGAAUAAUGUUUUCAAUAAUACAAGAUGUAAAAACUACAAUUAAAAAUUAAAUAUUUUGAUGAAAUGUUUACUGAAAAUAAGUCAUAAGU